AUGAUGAGAUCAGCCGGUAACACAUCGGCUUUUUCCCUCAGCCUCAUAUCCAUUAUAAUGGGUCUUUACGGCUUCCUUCAGAUAGCUGACACCAAACUCCACGAAUCGCUUCACAAGGGUGGUCACUCACAAUUUUUGACCAAUAUCUCCUUAGGAAUCUCGAUGGUAGUUUUCUGCCUCGGUGCGGUAGCUCAUAUUACCAAGAGUAGCACACUCUUCACUAUAAAAAAUAAGCUCCAUGCUGUUGCCUUAACGUUAGAAAGCGUAGUGGCGGGAGUUUACUGGCCAUUCUGGAUUUUCUUCUUUCAUACGAUUGCGGACCGGGGCCCUCCCCCGCCACUAUCUUUGGACUUAAUCGUCCAUUUGAUGCCGGUUGUCAGUUUAACUAUCGACUACUGGUUGUUCAUGCCUUCUUGGAAAAUCUCUAAUUCGAGUGGUUUCGCGCUUUGUGUAGUGUGCACUUUGGCUUACUACUACUGGUUAGAACAUGCGUUGAAGUUGUCACACUUCCCGUACCCCUUUUUAAACGUUCCGACAGCGCAGAGAUUUGUCACAUACGCAUCUAUUAUGGGAGUUGCAUUUGUCAAUUUCGUGUUACAAAAGACUUUAUUUAAUAAGUUCAUCGGGAGCGAAACUGGCCAGGUGGAGGUAUUCCAGUGGCACGGUAAACAAUCGAAUUAA